UUGACACGAACGUCGCCGAGGCGAACAUCACGCCACAAGUGGUCAUGGAGCUCACAGAGCUGCUUGCUAAGCUCCUGGGGCUGGAUGUGAAGUACAUGACGGUGAUCUUCCGUCCCAACCCACGCAUGAUGUGGGCUGGUACGCCGGAGCCCUGCGCCGUCUGCCGCCUCACUGCCAUCCACAACGUCAACGAGGAGGCCAACCGAAGGUUCACUGAAAAGGUGUUCAAGUUCAUGAACGACAAACUCAACCUGCCUGGAAACAGGAUGUAUAUCCUCUUCUACAGCCCUGCCGCCAACCACGUGGGCUUCACUGGACGCCUGUUCUCCGACCUGAAGCUGUAGAGUCGCUGUCACCGUUCCACAGAUGGUCCUUCAAUACCACGUACAAGGAGACCAGCAACACAUGCAGAUGCUCUCGUCUGCUGUGUUCCGCGUCAUGUACCGUCUUUGUCACCUGUGAUGCGUUGAUGUUCGGAAUGACGCGGGCAGUUAUGAAACGUUCUUCGCUGUCUCUCAUCGGUGCCACACCUGCAUUCUUUGGUACCCCGUCUUCAGUGCGUUGAGAUUAGACGUAAUCGAACGACUUCUGGUUUGCUUUAUAUAUUCACUGCUGUUUUCGUUGAAACCUGAAACGUCGCACUCUUCCAGUGAGGGCGUAACUCGUGGGUCCAACCAACGAAUUUCUGGUUAUUUUUAGCCGACGUCCUGAUCUGGCGCAACUGAUGGAAGUCAAAUUUGUGUCCGGGUUCUUGUGGUACUGAUUUUUAGCUGCAAUGAUUGUUACCCAUUUUUGCCAUUGCAUUCUCAAGCUGAAUCAAAUAUCUGAAACUUAAAACGUU